AUGAAGAUGCAGAUGUGUUUUGUGCAGUGGCCAAGGGCAGCUCCGGCUGUGCCCUUCUGCACUGUGAAUAUAGUCUGGGAUACACUUUGUGCCUCUUUUCUUGCAGGAGGCUAUGAGCGCUUCUCCUCGGAGUAUCCUGAAUUCUGUGCAAAAACCAAGUCCCUGAGCAAUGUGUCACCCCCCACCAGUGCUGAGCCCCUGGAUUUGGGCUGCAGUUCCUGUGGGACCCCCUUUCAUGACCAGGGUGGGCCUGUGGAAAUCCUUCCCUUCCUCUACCUUGGCAGCGCCUAUCACGCAGCCCGGCGGGACAUGCUUGAUGCACUGGGCAUCACAGCCCUGCUGAACGUCUCCUCAGACUGCCCCAACCACUUCGAGGGGCACUACCAGUACAAGUGUAUCCCUGUGGAGGAUAACCACAAAGCUGACAUCAGCUCCUGGUUCAUGGAGGCAAUUGAGUACAUUGACUCAGUGAAGGAGUGCUGUGGCCGGGUCCUGGUGCACUGCCAGGCUGGCAUCUCCCGCUCAGCCACCAUCUGCCUGGCUUACCUGAUGAUGAAGAAGCGCGUCAAGCUAGAGGAGGCCUUCGAGUUUGUCAAGCAGCGCCGGAGCAUCAUCUCCCCCAACUUCAGCUUCAUGGGGCAGCUGCUGCAGUUCGAGUCGCAGGUGUUGGCCACUUCAUACGCAGUGGAAGCUGUCAGCCCCUCGGGGACGCUGCGGGAGAGGGGCAAGGCCACCUCCACGCCCACCUCGCAGUUUGUCUUCAGUUUCCCCGUGUCUGUUGGUGUCCAUGCCACCCCCAGCAGCCUCCCCUACCUGCACAGCCCCAUCACCACGUCGCCCAGCUGUUAGCUCAGGGCYGAGGCCAGCCGGGCAGGUAGUGCCAGGCGUGCAAGGGGUGUGGAGCCCUGUGAUGUUAAGCAAUAGUGCCGGACACUGCCAUUCACCCUGGACUCAACAUCUUUUUCGUAGAGAAAUUUCUUACCUCAUCUUGGUUUGUUUGCUUUUAAUUGUUAUGUUUUGAAAGCACGGAAGUUGUAAAAGCCACAAACCUUGACAUUGUCCAGGCUCUUUGGGGGAGGAAAAAAAUUAGUAUACUGGGUUUCCUCAAGUGCCUGGUCUUCAUGUGUUUCCAUCCCUAUUAACUGUCUUGUUUUUUAAAAAAAAGAUACACAUCCCCUGCUCCCCAUGUUUCUACCCCAGCUCAUCUAGGCUGAAAAGGGAGCCCACCCUGUUUUUAUUGUGCAGCAGCCCCUUUCAGAGACCUCUGUGUGUGUGGUGGGUGCUGCUUACCUGAGCCUGGUACACUUUGGACACGCAGAGCUGCGGGCAGGGCCUUGGGGCAAGCAGGAGUGGUUUGGAGUUCAUCUCUCCAGUAGCUGGAGAGAUGAGGUAGGAGCUGGCAGGCUCCUGCCAAAUCAGCUGAGCCCACUCCAGUGGAAGAGAGCAAUCUUUGUGGUUGGGAAGUGAUUUGGAGGGGGAGAUGUAGUCUGAAAUGCCUCUUUUCUUGCCUCUAUGGAUCACUGGUUUUUACAGAACUUAGGUCCAAUCUCCUGUGGCUUCAAGAUGAGAAAGAAGGGUGCAGGCAGCAAUCUGGGCCCCUUUUGAUUACUCCGUUCAGCUUCUUCUCCAACAGUCCCACUGCUGCUCUUCCAAAAGGAUGGAACAUGGGUGGGCUAUAACAGAAGAGAAGCUGCGGGGUAGARGCCAGGCUGCCCAGAGGUGUCAUCCAUACAGCAUUUUCAAGCUUCUCUCACUUCAUUACCUGCCCUUUUCCUGUGCUGAGUCUUGUUCACCUGUGCAACAUUUCUGCAGCUUUUGGUCCAAGCCUUGAAAAUGCCUCAUCUUCAACCCACCUGGAGCCUUAUUUCCCACCCUACCUCUGUCCUUCCCUCCAGUCCAGUCCAACACACAAGAUGCCUGUGUGGCUGAUGUACAUAUGUAUGGUUUUGUUCUUUUUUUUUUUUUUUUUUCUAGAAAUUAACUUUUUAUUUAUUGCCUGAGGGAGGGAGAAAACAUUGUUUGGAGAAAAUAAAAAUAAAAAUGUUUUCAACA